ACCCCAUCCAUAGACAAGACAACCCCCGAGGCUUUAUGAAAGGGUUGAAUCCCUCCAUAGUUGUGAGAUAAGCCUGUUUGAAGCCUAAGCACAUGUUAGCAGGAAAGGGACGGAGGACGUACGGUUAAAGCUGGUCUUUGUUGGAUUUUGUGUCUUCGGCGUGUUAAGGGACCUGCCUGUCUCCGCUUCGGUAUAAGAGCAGUCACAGCCACGGGGACAAACCAGCGGACGAAGCGCUAGCCGAGGGGGAAGCGGGCUUGAUCUUCUCUUACAUCAGACAGAUGCUCCCAGCCGUGCAGCUGGACAGGAGUGAUGGGAUGUGUCCAUUAGCUGACGGAUCUGUCCCGAAGGAUGUUAAGCGGCUGAGCCAGUCUGCACGAGUUUUCACACCAGAGCCUGAUCCAGGAGGGCCCCACAGACCGGACCACUGCCCAGAGAGUCCCAGAAUGGGAGUGGGAAAGAACAACACCCCCAAGAUGGACAGCAGCAGUGAGACGGCCAAAUACGAAGAUGAGAGCAAACAUGGAGCAGACUUUUACCCCAUUCCAGUGGUGGUGAAUGGGGUGGGCGCGGCCUGCCCAGACCAGGAUACCGAAAACACUGAACUCAUGGCCAUCUACACCAAAGAGGAUCAUGCAGUGGAAAAGAGCUCUAUGUCUGAAACCUUGGACAGUGCAGAAAGUCUUGAUGCUAGAAAGAUGGAUAUGAUCUACACCAUCGAAGAUACUCCUCCCUGGUAUUUGUGUGUGUUCCUGGGCAUGCAACACUACUUGACCUGUUUCAGUGGAACCAUUGCCGUCCCGUUCCUUUUGGCUGAGGCAAUGUGUGUGGGGUACGACCAGUGGGCUACCAGCCAACUCAUCGGGACCAUCUUCUUUUGUGUGGGCAUCACCACCCUGUUGCAAACCACCCUUGGGUGCAGGUGCGAACUCAAACACCUCUGUGCAUUGCUUCCUUUGUUCCAGGCCAGUGCGUUUGCCUUCCUGGCUCCAGCUCGAGCUAUUCUGUCCCUGGACAAGUGGAAGUGUAACACAACAGAUAUCCCAUCAAUGAACAGUACAGCACUUCUCCACACAGAGCACAUCUGGCAUCCCAGGAUACGAGAGAUCCAGGGAGCCAUCAUUGUGUCGUCUAUGGUGGAAGUUUUUAUCGGAGCUCUGGGUCUUCCUGGGCUUUUACUGAAAUACAUUGGACCUUUGACCAUUACACCCACAGUGGCUCUCAUUGGACUGUCCGGUUUCCAAGCUGCUGGAGAGCGAGCCGGAAAACACUGGGGCAUUGCUAUGUUGACUAUCUUUUUGGUGCUUAUAUUUUCACAAUAUGCGAGAAACGUCCACUUCCCUUUGCCAGUCUACAAAGCCAAGAAAGGCUGGACAUCUUAUAGACUACAGGUCUUCAAAAUGUUUCCUAUCAUCAUGGCUAUCCUGGUGUCAUGGUUUAUGUGCUUCAUCUUUACUGUAACUGACGUCUUCCCUCCGGAGAAAGACAAGUAUGGAUUUUAUGCUCGCACAGAUGCACGACAGGGGAUUCUUGCUGCUGCACCAUGGUUCAAAAUCCCUUAUCCUUUUCAAUGGGGCUUUCCGACAGUUACAGCAGCUGGUGUGAUUGGGAUGAUGAGUGCAGUGGUCGCCAGCAUCAUAGAGUCAAUAGGAGAUUACUACGCUUGUGCCCGCCUUUCGUUAGCCCCUCCUCCUCCAAUACAUGCAAUCAACAGAGGCAUCUUUAUGGAAGGACUUUCAUGUGUGCUGGAUGGACUUUUCGGGACAGGAAAUGGCUCAACAUCAUCAAGCCCAAAUAUAGGAGUCUUGGGCAUUACAAAGGUGGGCAGCAGACGUGUGAUCCAGUACGGAGCCGGGAUGAUGCUGUUGCUUGGUCUUGUGGGUAAAUUUAGUGCCCUCUUUGCUUCACUUCCUGACCCUGUCCUUGGGGCGCUCUUCUGCACCUUGUUUGGGAUGAUUACCGCUGUGGGACUGUCAAACCUACAGUUUGUGGACCUCAACUCCUCCAGAAACCUCUUUGUUCUGGGAUUCUCUAUCUUUUUUGGCCUCAUGUUGCCAAGCUACCUCAAACAGAACCCGCUUGUUACUGGUAUUGUUUCAGUUGACCAAGUGUUAAAUGUGCUUCUCACCACCGCCAUGUUUGUUGGAGGCUCUGUAGCUUUUAUUUUAGAUAACACAAUUCCUGGUUCCCUUGAAGAGCGUGGAAUAAGGAAGUUGAAGCGUGGGUCAGGUGUAAGUGCAUCAGAGCUGGAGGGAAUGAGAUCCUAUGAUCUACCGUUUGGAAUGGACUUUAUCCGCAAACACUCAUUCUUCAAAUACCUCCCCAUCAGCCCAACUUUCACGGGCUACCACUGGGACAGACUGCUGAGCAACUGCAGGAGCUGCUCAGAUCAUGGGACUGGGGUCAAAGCUCCUGAAGGUGGUGCAGAUGAAAGUGGAGUAUAGCUGGACCUUUAAGAGCUGGGGACUUUUCACUGAAGCUAUAGUAUGACAAUUGUGAUGCACCGGGUUUAUUAGUAUGUUGUUUUUGUUUUUUUUUGUUUUUUUAGCUUGUCAGUCUGUUCCCACUUCCUUCUAGGCUUUUGAAGCAUGCUCUCGCAAGUCACAGCAUGCAGAAAAGAUGUCUCUUUUGGGAAGUUGGAGGUAAAUGUGUGUGCACAUGUGCAUUUAUGACAUCAUUCCCAUUCAUUGCAAAGUUUGAAGGUAACUGCUAAUUCCAAUUCGAUACCACAGUGAAUGUGGUAAAAUUGGAUUAUGCAAAAACUCCCAUGAAUAAAAUGUUAUAACCCAUUAUGCAACGACAAUAGAUAUGCACAAACACAUUAGACCAGAUCUGAAAUGCACAAUGUGACCUCGCACAGAUGGACAUGCAGGUGCCACGCACAGAGAUUGUGAUUUUGUGAUUUUGUUUUGCACUAUCUGCCUCCUGAGUUCUACUCUCAAAUUUUAUGUCACAGUUAGCCUCCAUAUUUGUCAGAGAGCCCUUCAUCUCACGUAGGUUAUAUUAGCAUUAUAUGAUACCACCUCUGUUUACUGUAUAUAUAGUCAGUAUUAGGCACUAACCAGUUCUGACAUGUGCCGGAUAUUCUCAAAUUCUUCAAAAAGAAAACGUUUAGAGUCAUGGUACUGUAAUUAGUUUAUAUUUUAAAGAUAUGGGUAUUAAACCCAUUACCAAAAAGUGAAGACUCUCCUAAAGCUUUAAUCAGACCUCAGUUGCUAUCUAGACAUGUUAAAAAUAACAUAAGUGUAAAUGACCACUAAAAUUACUAAAUAAUGUGUAAUAAUGUCAUUUUCCCUCACUUACAAUAGUCAUUUUAAAGGAUGGUCCGAUCUUUCUGCCCACUAUUUAUCUCAGAGGUGCAUUAUGAACCUUUUCUGUUGGAGGGUCUGUCACCUUUCUUGUCUCUAUUACUUUGCCUUGAAUGUCCACAAUAUGGCAUAAAAUGUAUCCAUCCUGCUUUUAUUCAAUUACAGGUAUCUUGUUUUUUUUUUUUUUUCUUUUUCUUUUUUAAGUUGACCAAAAGUUACAGAAAUUGAAGAACUGUAGUCUCAAUUAGAAAUUAAACUUCAUCAAACCAAAACC